AUGGCGGUUCUCUUGAGGCUGGAUCUCCUCUGUGGUGCUCAAGGAGGCUGAGCUCUGUUCCUCUGAACCCCAUUGGUCAGACCUGCUCACAUCUCAGCAUUUCUCCAAGGCCGACCUACCCCAGGAUGGACUGGCACACAGCACAUUCACCUGUCACCAAACCGCCAUUCUGGUUCCAAGGCUGCAUCUCUUCACUGGACUAGUGAGAGGGUUGUCAAUGUUUUGCUCCUGGGCCUGCUUCCAGCGGCAUAUUUGGAUCCUUGCGCUGCAAUGGACUACUCCUUGGCUGCAGUCCUCACUCUUCAUAGUCCCUGGGGCCUUGGACAAGUUGUCACUGACUAUGUUCAUGGGGAUGCAUCGCAGAAAGCUGCCAAGGCAGGCCUUUUGGCACUCUCAGCUUUAACCUUUGCUGGGCUUUGUCAUUUCAACUAUCGUGACGUGGGCAUCUGCAAAGCUGUUGCCAUGCUGUGGAAGCUUUGACCUUUUUGACUUGAGAAUUGACUGU